AUGACUGUAAAAAAACGCGCGGGUCGCACGCUGUUGUUUACAAAAAUAUCAAUAAAUAUGUCCGAUAUAGACCCAGAAAAGUUGAUCAAAGCUAUUAAAAUGCGUCCAGCUCUUUACAACAAGAACGACAAAUUGUACCACAGCCAUAGAAAGCAUAAAGAGAAGAUAUGGCGCGAAAUAUCCGAGGAGGUACACGGGAAUUGGAACCAACUUAGUCAGUUGCAUAAGGUCGAAUAUGUUCGAGAAAUCCAGAAGCGUUGGAAAAGCUUGAGAACGUGUUUCUCUAGGGAGUUAGCUUUGCAAAGAAAGGAAAACAUAAAACGGGAAUCUGAUCAACACGUCAAAAGAAGAAAGAGGUACGAAUAUUUCAACAAUCUUCUAUUCCUUAUGGACAGCACCGAUGGUGGUGAUGAAACGAGAGAAAGCGAUGAUUCAGCAGACCCUUUAGAAAGUAGCUAUCAGCCAGAAGAUAUAAUUUAUGACUACGGUGAAGCUUCAAGUGAAGUUAAAAACGUACAAACCAUGAACAUAGUGAAUGUUCCAGAACAAAGUUAUCCACAGCCGCAAGUAGUCUACGAAAGAAAUAAAACGUUGGAAGAAAAAGUUAUAGAUAUGUUAAAAGAUAUUAAGAAGGAUGAAAACGAUGAAGAUAGGCAAUUUAUGUUGUCUCUAGUACCGACUUUUAGGAAGUUGAAUGCAAAACAGAAAUUGUCUGCAAGAAUUGAAAUAUUAAAAGUUUUGCAGAAUAUUUCUUUUGGGGAAGACUAGAUUUAAUUUAAGAGACAAAGUCAUCAUGUUAAGAUUAUGUAUUUUUUUUUUUUUUACUUUUUAGUAAGUAUUAAGUCUAUAAAUAUAAUGAAUUUUUAAA